CAAGAGAGUUUCAAGAAAAAACAACCGAUGACAAUGGCCAAACGCAUGGGUUUGAUAGGUUGCUUCAUGGUUGCACUGUCUUUAGUAUUUGCAGCGUCCGAGGCAACACGAUACAAUGUAGGGGGCGACUUUGGAUGGGGCAUCCCUCCCAAUCAAACCUUCUAUUCAGACUGGGCUUCUUCCAAGACCUUCAUCGUUGGAGACUCACUCGUGUUCAACUGGACUGGAAACCAGAAUGUGGCUGAUGUACCAAUGGCGGACUACAACAACUGCAGCACCGACGUGAUCACGUUCACCGGCAGUCCCAACCGGACGGUGUUUACGAUUACCCUGUUGUUUCCGGGGCCUCGUUACUUCAUCUGCACCGUCGAUGAUCACUGUGAAAGAGGCCAGAAGUUCAGUAUCAACGUUCGAUGGCCAUUCUCUUCUGAUGCUCCUUCUCCUUCAGCUCAGCCACCAAUAUCUUCCUCUGCCCCAACCCCCUCUUUUAGGGUUUAAAUAUUCUCAGUACUGUCGUUGUCUAUUUCUUCGGCCGCAUCUAGGUUUUUGUAGUAUGUUUCAUCUUCAUGAUUAGAGACGACAGGUUUAUGGAUGUAUUGUUCUAAUGUCUGAUUAUUCGGAGAGUGCAGUGUUUUGUUUUUUUUAAAUACAAUAAUGGAUGUACUGCUAGGCGCGUGUGCGAUAUAUGUUAAAUA